AUGUCCGCCUAUGAACGUGCCGUACGACAGCAAAAUCCAACACCGGAUCCUCCGGUCAAUCCUCUUCCUAUAAAGUCAACAGUAGCGGCGAUCGACAGCGACGCGAAUCCCUGGAGUCAACUGGCACACGAGUGGGGAAGUAUCAAUAGCGACAAUGAUGAUGGUGCCGGGGUUGCUACGAUGGCACCACCAGUCUUUCAACCGCCGAGUCAAGGCGGUAAUUCCCUCCACAGUGCAUCCGCGACCCCCAUAUCUCCCUCUACAAACACACCAUCUUUGGAAGAACUCGCGAUCAUGAGCCGCGACGCCAAAGAAAACUUAUCCCGCCUCGAAGAACUGGAGUCGGAAAUCAUGGACAUGAUCGAUAGUAUGAAAGUCAAAGACGCUACGUACCAGACUACCAUUCGCAAACUGGAACAGGACUCUUCCGUCCUACAAAAUACGCUACAGGGCCAACUGCAGGCCCUUCAAACGGAAUACCAGGAGUUCAAGGCCACCGCAUCGCAGCAAUCUCAGGCCGAUCGGCAAGCCACCGUGGCGGCACAAGCGGCGUGGCAACGCCAGGUCCAGGACCUGCAAGCAACGGUGCAACAGUACAAACAGACCGCCUUGGAGGAAUCACAAAGCCUUCAAGAUAUGGUAACGCUCAAGACCAAACUGGAAAAUCAACUUUUGGACCUGCAAAAGGAAUCCACACUUAUGAUUGACGAAUUCCGUACCAAAUUCUUUGCCGAACGGGACGCCCGCUAUCGUGAAGUCCAAAAGGCGCAAGAAGAUAUUGGUAGAAUGGAACUGCAAACCCGCGAUAUGCUCCUUGAUGCCUUGAACGAAGGCCAGCAGCAGUUGAAUCGGGAAUGGACGGACUAUACAUUUCAACUCAUUCAAAAAACGGAAGAGGUCCUGGAAUCGCAGAAUGCGUUGGAACAAGCCAGCGAAGGAUUACGCCAAAAGGAUGCCCAAUUGGCCGACUUACAGGCGCACACGGCCUAUAUGCAGAGUUUGGCCGACGGAAGUUUGCAGCUUCUGCAUAAAGUUCACGAUGAAACCCUCGGUGGACCCCUGUCGACGGAAGCGGUAGAUUUGCCAACUUUACAACAACGAGUCGGCGCCAUGGUCGAGACCUUUAAAGCCAAGGAUGCCGACUACCGCAGCACAAUGCAACGAUUGCAGUCAGAAUACGGUCAAAAAGAGGCGGCCCUGCAGCAACAGCUGCAAAAGUUGGAGGCAGAGUAUCAGCAAUUUCAGACACGGACACGAGACGAUCACACGCAGGAGUUACAGGCUGCGAGUGAAGUUCAGUCUCGUUUGCAACGGGAAGUGGCCGAGUUGCAGACGAAACUGACGCAACAAGUGGAACUCACCAAAACGGAAAGCGAAAAAGCGGCCCAGUUUUUUCAACGAAGACUGGAAACGGAACGGGAAUUAGCCAUCCUCAAGACUAACUCUACGAAGGCGAUGGACGAAUUCAAGGCCUUGUACGAAGCCGAACAAAAAGCACGACUAAAGGAACAGCGAUUGGCGUACGAACGCUUUCAGGAAAUGUUUCGCACAGGGCGACGCUGGGUGCGCGAUGCCUAUAAGGACCGACAGGAGGAAGUCAAGAAAGUUUCCGAAAGCCUGUCGACAGAGUUGAAAGCUAAAGAUAAAGAGCUACGUAAAACGAAGGGAUCGCUGGGAUGGAGCGCCACGUUUUUGAUUGCAUUGGCCCUGUGUGUCCCAGUGUACGUUGGCUUGGAAGUGCCUCCCGCGGUGUGGGACACCGGACGGUCGGUCGGAUCCGCGGCGUCGACUCUGAAGGAACGUGCGUUUCCCGAAUCAAGUACCGGCGCGGCUAGUAGCAAGGCUCUUCCGAUUGGACCGGAACGUGUGAAACAGGAACGUUCGAAACCUUCGUCAGCAACUCCGGCCGUUCGUAUCAAAGCAGACGACGAGCCUCGUGGAGCACCUUCGCAGGCAUCUCCCGAGCCUGUCGAAACCACCGAAUCAGCGAGAUCAGCCGAGCCUUUGACGGAAACAGUUAAAUCCAUAGAAGUUGUGACUACAAGGGUUUCCCCCAAGAAAUCGCUGAAGAAGUUGUCAUCCGACAGUAUCCCUUGGGGUGAGUAUUCCGAGGAGUUUGUAAAGAGCUACGCUAAGCAAUAA